UUCAGGGCGAGCUGUGAAUUUCUCCCGCGAGGAACUCCUCGAGAAGUGGCGGGAGCGGCGGCUAUGGAAGCACAGGAAGAGAAAGAGGCGCAGGUUGCUGCAUGGUUGAAAAAAAUAUUUGGAGACCACCCCAUUCCACAGUAUGAGGUGAAUGCUCGGACCACGGAGAUUUUACAUCACCUUUCAGAGCGCAACAGGGUUCGGGACAGGGAUGUCUCUUUGGUAAUAGAGGACUUGAAACAGAAAGCAAGUGAAUAUGAAUCCGAAGCCAAGCAUCUUCAGAGCCUUCUCAUGGAGAGUGUGAAUUUUUCCCCUGCCAAUCUGUCUAGCACUGGUUCUAGGUACCUGAAUGCUGUGGCUGACAGUGCAGUGGCCCUUGAAAUAAAGGAUACCUCACUAGCUAGUUUUAUCCCUGCAGUGAACGACUUGACCUCUGAUCUUUUCCGUACCAAAUCCAAAAAUGAAGAAAUCAAGCUUGAACUGGCAAAACUUGAAAAAAAUCUAACUGCAACUUUAGUGUUAGAAAAAUGUCUACGAGAGGAUCUAAAGAAGGCUGAGUUUCAUCUGUCUACAGAAAGGGCCAAAGUUGACAAUCGUCUUCAGAACAUGGACUUCCUCAAAGCAAAGUCAGAGGAGUUCAGAUUUGGAAUCAGAACUGCAGAGGAGCAACUUUCAUCCAGAGGCAUGGAUGCUUCUCUGUCUCAUCAGUCCCUAGUAGCACUUUCAGAGAAAUUGGCAGAACUAAAACGACAGACUAUACCUUUGAAGAAAAAAUUAGAGUCCUAUUUGGAUUUAAUGCCGAACCCGUCCCUUGCUCAGGUGAAAAUUGAAGAAGCAAAGCGGGAAUUAGAUACCAUUGAAGCUGAACUUACAAAGAAAGUAGACAUGAUGGAACUGUGACUAGAGUCAAGUAAGCUUCGUCUUCCCUCACAGAAUACAUUGACUAGGACUUGAAAAAAUGUUUUCUCUUGGCCUUCCUUAAUAAGUCAACUCUUGUGUUCUUAGAUGAGAUAAUAACGUCACUGUUGAUGAACAGUGGUUUCUGGUUAUAUAUUGCAUUUCUGUACCCAAAUACAUAGUUUUCAUAUUAAAAAGCAUUGUGGGUUCUCUAUGUUGCUGGCAGUUAAGUGUCCCUCGCUGGGUCUCUUUGGUGAACAUUACCACAUUUGUCAUGUCGUCACUCAUGAGGUUAGUUAGUGAAGAGAAAAGUUCUGCAACUCAGUUAUGUUUCUCCCACUCCUCCCUCCAGGGUUCUGCUGUCAUUUCCUUCUGAUCAGCUCACCUGCCUACCUCCAAAUGUUAAUAUAUGCAGGAAUUUAGUUUAUGAAAAUGAUGACCUUUU